AUCAGUCACCAUUAGUUCUCGCUUCUUAUCACAACAGAUAAUUCUAACUUCAGAUAUACGAUGAAGCUUUUCGCGCUAUUAGUCUCUGUGGAAUUAUUAUACUGCACAUGUGCUCAGGAAUCAUUACCCGAAGAACGAAAAUUAAUUGCAUAUGAAACGAAAGUCUUUCACAAGAUCCCAGAGCAUACGAUAAUCGAAGAGAAAAUAGAAGAAAUAAAAAAGAUCCCCAUAAUUGAGAAAAAAGACACGACCGGUGAGGAAAAGUCUUCGAUUCCUAGCUACGAGUUCGGGUAUGGCGUAAAGGAUCCUAUCAGUGGCGAUCACAAGGACCAGUGGGAAAAGCGUCACGGUGACCAUGUCAAAGGUGCGUAUCGGUUUGACGAAUCGGACGGCACGCAGCGUGUGGUAGAAUAUGAAGCAGAUGGCAAAAAAGGCUUUGAAGCUAUUGUGAAGAAUAUCGAGCGUAAAGAUACCGUCGCCGAAGGUGAGGAAGCAUCGAUUGUGGGAAAGAAGGAAGGCAAAGUGGCGCACAGCUAUAGCUACCUUAAGAGAACUGACCACUAACGGAUCACUAAUCAAAAUGAUGCAAUAAUGACCUAGAAACGAGAGUUGCUAUGUAAGCAGCUAGCAGCACUUCACAAACAAUGGUGUCAAUUGCAGUUCGUGAGUACGUUGAACUCGACUCGUAUAAUUUAGUCUUUCCCUGUUUGUGCAGCGUAGAUCGAAGCCCUGAUCAACAGAUUGCAUAUAAUUACAUUUUCUUUCCUUCCUUCCGUUUCGAUUGAUUACAUGUGGCAGCCCCAAAAUGGGAGACUUUACUUUGUAGCAGCAUAAUAAAUAUAGGAUUGUAACUUCUUUGCAAAAGGCUGUCGAUUGAAUUAAAUCAUGAUGGACGUUGAAAUGUGAUGGCAAUGAAAAGGGUUUAAAUGAGCUUUUGGGUGCCUGUUGAAAGAAGAAAUUAUAUUGAGGUUUCUUGCGACCAAGAAC